ACCAGGAAAAGACAGAAAAUAGAGAAGGGUUGCGGAAGUAGUGUUAAAAAUUCAGAAUUGACAUAACAAGGGUUUUUGGUGGCGAAAAAGGAGCAGAUGGGUAAUCCACGGAGAUCGAAGACGGCGGACGACCUUCAUUCGGCGGCGAGGUCUGGGGAUCUCAUCGCCGUUCAGUCAAUUUUGGCUUCAAAUCCUUUGGCCGUUAAUUCCAGAGAUAAGCAUUCCAGAACACCUCUACAUUUAGCAGCAUUUUCUGGGCAAGCAGAGGUAGUCACUUAUCUCUGCAAGCACAAGGCUGAUGCUGGUGCUUCUGCUAUGGAUGACAUGGCUGCAAUACACUUUGCUUCACAGAAGGGACAUUUAGAAGUUGUUCGAGCUCUACUUUCAGCUGGGGCCUCUCUCAAAGCAUCUACCCGCAAAGGCAUGACUUCAUUACACUAUGCUGUUCAAGGUUCCCAUCUGGAGCUCGUCAAGUAUUUGGCCAAGAAAGGAGCAAACCUUGCUGCCCAGACAAAGGCAGGAAAGACCCCUUUGGAUCUUGCUAACAAUGGAGAAAUCCGAUCCUUUCUGGAGGAAUUUGAGAAGUCAGCAAAGAAUGGAGAAUUGGGAAAGAAAGAUAAAGAUAAAGCUGAAGAAUUUGAUCCCAACACAUCUGAAUUGGAAUUGGAAUCGGAAGGUGAUUUGAAUGCCGAGCCUCCUAAUGCUGCUCUUGAUGAAGAAAAAAAUGCAAGAGAAAAGAGAAAGGGUAAUGAAGACGACGCAAGAGUAGAGUCGUCACAACCAAAAAAGGCGAGAGUUAAGUUAAGCCAUCUCCAAAGUUCAGAUGAUACCCAAGAAGAAGAGAACAUGUAGGUUGGUAUAGGCGCAGUAGAGCUUACAUUUUGUUAUUGUAAUAUAGUUAAUUGUAUCUGAUUUGGAAUCCGUUUGUUGGGUUACUGGACCAGACUAUCUGUAGAGUAUUGAUAAGAACUUAUUCUGGAUUAAUACAAUUUUAUCUUGAUAGAUUAAA